GCUUCCUAGUCCGAGUCAGGCUGUCCAAUUCGCCUUCCCCAUCCUUGUUCUUUUUAUCCAUCAUGCUGUCACUCUGAGCCAAGCCAUGGUCGUUGAUGGUGGUUGUGGCAACAUUGUACCCAGAGGUAGCUUUGCGCAGACGCCCACUGAUAUGACUCCAGCCUGUUUUGGCUUUCCCACCUUUCUUCCUUCUAUCAUGUCGUCGCUCUCCAGGGUAUCAUCGUUGAUAGUGGUCUCGGUAGCAGCAGGGCUUGUACCCAGAGGUGCUUUGGCGCAGGCGUCCACUGCGACAUGCAUAUCUUCUGAUAGUUGGAUGAACAACAGCCUCCAACAGAACCCUUGCGUGGUUGCUUCCUACCUCCAGGGCGUCUGCGUGGGUGGAGAUUUUACAGUCGGUCCUUUGUCUCCCGGUUGGUUUUAUGGAGCUCCCUCGGGCGAUGGAACAACCGCUUGCGCAUGUAGUACAGUAACCUACUCGAUGUUGGCCGCUUGCAGCGUUUGUCAGGAUACCUUGUAUUUGUCCUGGUCUUCCUGGUGCUCCAACUGCUCCAUGAUAUCCAUCGGAUUAUAUCCGAUGGACAUUCCUGCUGGUACCAAAGUUCCGAAUUGGGCAUAUUUGAACGUGACUGCUGGGUUCGACCCUAUCGCAGCGCUAAACAACGGAGGUCAGGAUUUGGGCAUUACCUCUGUGUCACAAGAAGCCAAUUCACUCACUUUUUGUAGACUUCCCGGAAUCUACUGCAACCCAUGUACCAUCUACUACCACUACCACAGUCACUUAUUUGUCCACUUUGUCUGCUUCGUUCAUCACUGUGUACGCCUCUUUGACUAGUUCUUCAGCCGCAGCCACAGGACUUUUUCCGUCAUCAACAUCUACUAGUAGCUUAACAAGUUCAAACGUUAGAACUGUAGCUGGGGGUGUUGUUGGCGGAGUUAUAGGAGGUGCAGCCAUCAUAAGCUUCGUGAUCUGGUUCCUUGCCAAACGUCAUCUCUCCUCAAAACCAUCAGCCGCUUUCAACAUAGGUGGAGGUCCGGACCGCAGUCGAAGUUUUUACUCUACUCACACUAAUACAUUUUCGAUGACGCGGCAAUCACGUCUCUAU